GUUGGCCUCGUGUGAACUCUGCUUUAUUUGCUAACCAGUGUUUGGAAAAAAUCACUUCUUAUGACGAUUUAUCCGUAUGAACUUGCAUCGAAUAUCAAACAUUUCAAGUUAUAAUGUGUUUUAAUGUCUCAUUUCUUUCGCUAUGACUGACAUUUGUCCAAGGCCGUGCAGUCGGCUGGCCACUGCGGCCAUUUUAAUAAUAAUUGGCGUCAUUCAACUGCUGGCAGGUGUAAUUCUUCUGAGAUCCAAGUAUGCAGACCUGCUAUCUGGUCCAGAUUUCAUGACUGGUUCAUCCAACAUAGCAAUCGGCUGUAUUUAUGGCACCAUCUCCAGUGUUUGGAAAAUCAAUAGCAAGAAAAAGUCAGUGAAAAUUACUGCCAGGAAAAAUGUUUUGGCAACAUUAUUACUGUCGGUGAUCACAGUAAACGUGACUGCUGCGAUGAUUCUUAUAAUGGGGAACGGAAACAAACUGCUGAACGUGUAUCUCGAGAAUAGCAAAAGCAAGACGAUUGAUUUUGCUAGUGAAAUUUUAGCAUAUGCAUACAUAACUUCUGUUUUUUCGCCCAUCCUUUGCAUUGUGGUAUCUCUGGUGAUUCUCUCCGGAAGAUGCAUCGAAAUAUGUCGAGACAUUAACGAUAAUAAAGCCAAGAACAGCAUUGCAAACGACGAUUCUUACAAUUGGGUUUUUGAUCCGAAAUCAAACGGCAACGUCAAAGUAAUUUGUGACACAAUUGAAACGUCAUCAGAAUCUUCUUCAGCUUCUGAAGAUAGUGUUUUCACUGAAGAAGACAGUUCUUAUUCUCGGCGAAAGUCAAUCUUGGCCAUCAGGAAUAUUCCAAGUCCCUUGAAUAUGUGGAAAGAAAAGAGGGAGAGAAUUCUUAAAGAUGCGAACUGGAAGAACGAGCAAUCACGUCGAGAUUUAGUACUCGAAAAACCCAAUUUCUAUGACUGCUCUCACGAAAAACUUAUACCACGAAUUAAAGAGUCGUCUCUGAGGAGAGACAUAAAUCCAAAGUUUGGCGAUUUAGGAAAAAAAUCGUCCAAAUCUUUUAAGUCCAUCCUGAAAAGGAGUUCUUCAAGCCCAGUAUCUAGAGGAGCAGGAUUUCAUGCCAGUAAUGCGAACAAUUCGGUUGAACCCUGUAGAAUAUACGACAGAGGCCAAGGAAGCAAUGAUGAAAAUCAAGAAAACAGAUACUCUGGGCCCUUGAGAGCCCGUAAAACGGCUUCUUCAAAUAAAAAUAAAUCAAGUAAAUCCACAAAAACAUGCGGAAAGUCUUUGAAUCGUGCGGAAGUAGUAUAUAAUGAGGAUUUACAUUUUGUAGAUCCUAUUAUAUCAGAGCUAAAAGCUGAAACACUGAGAGAAUUGAAACAAAAAGUAGCAAAAAUACUUCCAGGGGCAUCUGUUGCUGUAAUCAAAUUACCAAACAAUUGUGAAAAUCAAGAAUGCAGGUCCAUCUCUGAAUGCUCGGAAGAACCCCUUGGAGAUGCAGGAAAUUUUAAAGAGAAACCACCUUGCUCCGAUGUCGCCAGAUACAAACUGUUUACGAAUUGCAGCGAAAACAGCACUUCAUCAGGAAAGCAGCUACUUUCGGAAAAAACACCGGAGUCUGUCCAUCAGUCGAGCUAUUCAUCGGGAAAUUCAUCUUAUGUUCAAAGUGCUUAUAAGAAUAAAGGCACAAACACUGGUCUCAGUGCGAUCAGUAGAAUUCGAUCCAAGUCUUUUGAUUAUGUGAAUGAAGAGGAAUCACUUCAAAAUCGAGAUGAAAGCAAAUACUCUUCAUUUAAAAUUGUGGAUAAUAAUAAAAACAUUUCUUUGGAUUCUCAAAGGGUAAAUUCAUUAAAACAACAAAAUAAAAAAAUUGAUACUUCAAGAAAAAUGUCGAUGGCUUCUAUUGCUGAAAUUCCAUCAGAAGAAGAUUAUUAUUCUGAUAGAAAUUCAGUUUACAGUGCUUCUGAUUUUGGCGAUCAUUCGCACAUGACAGACGAAAAUUCUAACGUUAGAGUAAAAAUGUCGCCAUCUAGUAGACACAUUCAUUUAAGGAAAGCCUCCAGAAGGAAAUCGAGUUUAACAUCUAAUAAAUUACUCAAAAGGAUGUGGUCAUCAUCGGAACCCAAGAUCAAUGUAUCUGAUCUAAUUGUUGAUAAGGAUUCUCUUAUUGGCCUGAGCGAAGAAGAAUUGGUAGCUCGAACAUUCCGUAUAAGAUCUCUGAGGAAGACAGUUGAAGAUCGAUUGAAAAAGAAAAAAGAAUCUGAAAAGCAAGUGACCUCUAACAGUUACUCAAGCGCUCUAUAAACAAAAAAAUUACAAGAAAAUGUUAUUAUUUGUACAGAAAAUAUCUAAAUUGAAAUGUUUUAUCAAAUUCAGAAUUCUAAAAUUGUGUUUAUAAUGUUCUGUGUGCUCAGCAAGAUUAAGAAUCUGUGAUAUAGUAUAUGAAAUAUUUUAUCAACAAAUGUAGUUUAGCUUAUAGCAAUUGUUUUUCUAUUGUAAUUAAUAAAGGUAAUUUAUUUUGAGACUUCUAAAUUUUAUC